AGUAUACUAUGAGAUUAUUAUCACAAUUAUCUUUAUUGACUUGUAACUGCAAUAAUCAAUUAUCGAUUUAGCUCAAUGCGAUUAGUGGUAUUCCCCAUUGUUAAAGGGAUAUAGAGUACACUUAGUCUGCUGACAAUAUACCCCUAAAGUCAAGAUGAGUCACCACGAGUAAUUGUCCUAAGCAUGAGCAAUCUCAAUGCGCACAUACCAAUGCAGAGAAAUGUUUACAUCGUAUGGGGAGUAGACCAACUUUUGUGGUAGACGACGGAGGAGAAGUUGUACAGCUGGUGAACAUAUGUACUCAUAAUAUAAGACAAACCUGCUCGGCGACAAAACUCUUUAGUUAGUUUAAAAUGUUAGACCACACCAGGCUGACGACCAAGUUAACGACGAGCUAUAAUGCGGAAGAAAAAAUCUGGUCAGGUGCCGGAACGCAAAGUUCUUACAACGACGAUUUAACAAUUGCCCAGCUUAUAUUUAAUCAGCUGCAAAGUGAGCCUGAGAGAGUUUUUCAAAUUUCCAUUGCCGAAAAUAGGCAACUGACUCGCGGUCAAAUGCUCGAGAAUGCAACGAAAGUAAGUGCAUACUUACGGCAAGAAGGACUCAUCGAGGAGUCGCAUAACGUGGGCAUCCUGGCAAGAAAUACAACACAUUUGGCUACAUUGGCCUAUGGCUGCAUAUUCAAUGGAACGCCCUUUAGUGCUGCUAAUCCCAACAUGGACGAACCUAAGAUUCGUGAUUUGUUUAACCUUAUUAAACCACAAAUCAUUUUCUGUGUUGUUGAAGACUGUGAGAAGGCCAAAAGUGUAGCGAAAUCAUUGGGAGCAAAGAUAAUAACUAUCGAUGGAAGUUCGAGAGGUGUAACAAGCAUUGCUGACAUAUUAACAACUCCAUUAGAAAAGGAUUACAAGCCAGAAUGCUUUCGAAGGAGCAGAGAUAGCACGAUGGCCAUACUUCACACCUCUGGGUCAACGGGCACCCCAAAAGCAGUAACGAUACCCAACAAUCCCAUUUUAUUUGAAGCCUUCAGCUAUCUUGGCGCAAAUGAUGUGCAAUAUACACCAAGUUCACUCGAUUGGGUUUCUGGAUUAAUCAAGCUGAUCACGUCGGGUGUUAAUAGCACAUUGAGUCUAAUUUCCGAGCAGCCAUUUAGUCCUGAACAUUUUUUUGACCAUAUGUGAAAAGUAUAACAUCAGCUGGGCUAUGUUGGGUGUCUCACAAGUCGCUUUGCUAGUCAAUAGUCCUGAGAUUAAUGCCAACCAGUUAAAAAGCUUGCGAUAUUUAAUCAUCGUUGGUGGACGCAUACAACCAAAGACUGUGGCGACGAUGGAGUCCUAUCUGCCAGGCAAAGGCAUCCUGGGCAUGGCAUAUGGCAUGACGGAGAUGGUUACGCCUUUGGCCAAUAAUUUCAGCACCCACAUGAGGCCCACUUCGGUGGGUCGCCUCUUGCCCAUCAUUCGCAUGCGUAUUGUGGAUGAAAAUGGAAAGAACUUGGGACCGAAUGAGGUGGGGGAGAUCUACAUUGAUCAUGGACAGCAUUGGAGUGGCUACUAUCAAAAUGAUGUAGCUACAAAAGAGAUGAGAGACUCUGAAAGUUGGUUUCACACCGGUGAUUUAGGUUACUUCGAUGACGAUAAUUAUCUAUUCGUGGUGGAUCGCAAAAAAGGACUUCUCAAGUAUAUGCGAAUGAGUUACUAUCCAAAUGAGAUAGAGGAGGUAAUUGCACAAAUGCCCGAAGUGGCAGAAGUGUGUGUCUUUGGCAUUUGGAGUGAACUUAAAGGCGAUGCUGCUACUGCCUCAAUUGUAAUCAGAGAAGGUUCUACAUUGAAUGCCGUUCAAGUAGUGGACUUUGUGGCAAGCAAGAUCAGCGCAAGCUAUAAACAUCUACAUGGCGGAGUACAGUUUGUCUCCAAUUUAGCUAGAAGUCCCAAUGGCAAAGUAAAUCGACGAGCUGUAAAGGAGACCUUUCUAAUGAAUAACCAAAUAGAGGACAAAUAAAAGUAAAAUAUGUCUAAAUUAAUCACUUUCAUUGUUAUUUAGAAUGUACUUCGUAAACGUUAAAUAAACCAUUGAAAUUUCAAAAUUU